CCUGCAUCUCGCUCAUUCGCCUGAGCCGGGUUUGUUCACCAGUACGCAACAUUCACGUUAAGUUAAACAAGCUCGUAAUUAGGAGGCAGGAUGGCAGGCCUGUGGAGAUCCUACCAGGUCCUGAUGAACAAAUAUCCCUGGACAGUGCAGAUAGUAACUGCUGGCUCUCUAGUGGGCGUUGGUGAUGUCAUCUCCCAACAGCUGAUCGAGAGAAGAGGAUUGGCUCAUCACAACGUUCGACGGACUGCCAAGAUGAUGAGUAUCGGCUUCUUCUUUGUGGGUCCAGUGAUCGGAGGCUGGUACAAAGUUCUGGACCGACUCGUGGUUGGAGGAACAAAAAGUGCCGCCAUGAAGAAAAUGCUGGUUGACCAGUUGUGUUUUGCACCGUGUUUCCUGGGUGCUUUUCUCUGUAUCUCUGGUACUCUGAAUGGACUGACAGUGGAGGAGAACGUCACCAAACUCAAGAGGGACUACACAGACGCACUGAUCUCCAACUACUAUUUAUGGCCUGCUGUCCAGAUCGCCAAUUUCUACUUCAUUCCACUGCACCACAGGCUGGCUGUGGUUCAGAUCGUCGCUGUCGGCUGGAACUCCUACCUGACCUGGAAGGCCAAUAAGAUGUGAGGACGGUCACAGGUCCGGCUUGUGCUGUUGUUCUUGAUGAUGAUGGUUUACACUCAUUUGUACUGUGUGUUGGACGCGGGCCGCUCUAGUCUAACUCACUUUAGGCUUCUCCGUCUCCUGAUAUUUAAAACGUGUAAAACUGUGACUGAAUCACCGGUAAAGGUCAGGAGAAAGUGCUCGUCUACACUGAGUGACAAAUUCACACUUGAAAGUCAAACUUGCAUUUGCAGAAAUGUCUGUGAAAGUUACUUAUUUAUGGAAAUGGGAUUUGGAGACGGUGUCACACUGUAGCCACACAUACGCACAAACACAAACUCACAUAUUAACACCUACAUGUAGAGAAAGAAGCUUUAGAAUCCAUGUGAUGUAUUGUCACUCACUUGAAAUAACUGUAUGGUCAGAGGCCAGUUUAACACUGGACUUGUGCAUUAAUGAAGAGCUUAUGUACCUUAGAGUCUCUUUUCUAGAUAUCAUGUUGUCUAUCAUGUAUAUUAACCAGCAUAAUCUUUUUAUUUCUUAUUUCUCUUUACCUACUUCAUUUAUGUCACUUUUUUCCUACAUUUCCCAAAAACACAUUUUUAACAGCCCUCAGGGGAAGGAAUGAGCACCCUGAUGAAGAUUAUUUUGUUAUAAAAGUACAUAAAGGGAGUCAUAAAAAGUGAUAAUCUCAAGUCUUACAGGAUAAAAGAUGCUAUGCAUUAUCGUCUAUUUGUCAGUGAAGCUACUAGCCUGAUUUUUGGGUCAAAUAUGCAGCCUUUAAAUGAAGCUUGUGAAGUCAUGCACAGCAAAGUUUUGGCAUUUAGCAGGUAACCGCUCUGAGCACUGUUGCAAGGCAGUAGCCAUAUGGGCACCAAGGAUAGUUUACUGUUUUUCAGGCUUUCUAUAAGGAGAUUAUUUCUCUGUAUGUAGAGAAAACUCAACAAACAAAUCAUGAAAACUCAAUUUUUCAGUCAUUAUUUUACAGAUACAGGUGCAUCUCAAAAAUUUAGAAUAUCUAGAAAAAAAUAUUUUUUCUUCCUGUCAUUUAAUUCAACAAGUGAAACUUCCAUAUAUUUUAGAUUAAUGACACACAAGAUGAAAUAUUUCAUGACUUUUUUAGUUUUAAUCUUGACGAAGUCUGUAAUCUCAAAAUAUUCAAAUAUUUUGUAAAAGUCAAAUUAUUUGUCAGUUAUUUCUCUCCCUGUAGUUAAGUUCACACAACCACAAUCAUGAGAAUGACUCCUGCUUUCCAAGUAGACAAGAGACAGACACCCUCCACAAAGAGGGUAAGCCUCAGAAGGUCACUGCUGAAAGGCCAGGCUGUUCUCAAAGUCAAACAAAGCAGAUUUUAAGAACUUAAAGGAGCUUCUCAAGAAGUGGACUGAGGCUGGAGCCAGUGGAUUAAGAGCCACCACACAGACGUGUCCAGGAAAUGGACUACAAGUGUUCCUAGUGUCAAGUCAAUCCUGACAGCAGACGUCAUCGGCGUCUCACCUAGGAUAAAGCGAUUAAAAAGGACCUUUGCUUAAUGGUCCAAUGUCCUGUUUUCAGGUAAAAGUACAUUUUAACUUUAAAUCAAGGUCCCAGAGUCUGGAGGAAGAUCAGAGAGACACAGAAUCCAUGGUGCUUGAAGUCCAGUGUUUCCAGUCUCCACAGUCAGUGAUGGUUUGAGGUGCCAUGUCAUCUGUUGCUGCUGGUCCACUGGUCUUUAUCAAGUCAGAGUCAACACUGUCAGACAGUCUUUCAGGAGAUUUUAGAACACUUCAUGCUUCCAUCUGCUCAGAAGCUUCAUGCAGAUACUGCUUUCCUUUUCCAGCAGGACUUUGCUCCUGCCCACAGUGAAGCCAAAACUACCAGAAACUGGUUUGCUGACCGUGGUAGUACUGUGUUUGAUUGGCCAGUCAACUGGUCUGACCUGACCCCA